UUUUCCAAUGGAUGGUUGUACUGCUUUAAAAAAAGACAUGGAAUCAAAUUACGAAAAUUAAAUAAUGGAUCUGCAUUUCCAAUUCUAUCACCAGUAGAAGAUAAUCCAGAAUUUGCGCAGAUUAUUAGCCGUUAUGAACUACAAGAUAUCUACAAUAUGGAUGAAACAGGUUUAUUUUAUCAAAUAACUCCUGAUCAGGCACAUUUUCUUAAGCUUGAUGAUAAAGAACGUAAAGGAAAGACAAAAUUAACCAUCGCUCUAACCGUAAAUGCUGACGGUACCGAUAAAUUACUUCCUCUUGUUAUUGGAUGUUCCCAGAAGCCUCGUUGCUUCCGAAAGAAAUCAGCUGAGCAAUUCGGCUUCAAGUAUAGAUCUAAUGCUAAAGCAUGGAUGACUACAUCGAUAUUUACUGAAUGGCUAAUGGAAAUAAAUGAUCAUUUUAAACGUCAAAAUAGACAUGCAUUACUGAUAGUAGAUAACUCUCCAUCACAUAAAUAUGAUGAAACGCUAUUAAGCCAUGUCAAGAUUUUGAUCCUUUCUUCUAAUACACCAGCUAAAUAUCAGCCAAUGGAGUGUGGUAUUAUGACUAAUUUUAGAAAGCAUUACCGCUGCUUACAGGUAACAAAUGCUCUAGAAAGAGAUAAAGAUGGCGACGUAGAUAUCUAUAAAGUCGAUCAAUUAUCGGCCAUGAAAUGGAUUAAGGAUGCAUGGGAUGAGGUUAAUCCUGAAGUAAUUGCUGAGAGUUUUCGUAAUUCUAAUAUA